CAGGGCGUAGCUGGCGUUAUUAAUUAGGUCCUGGCCUCCAGCUCCAUCCCGGCAUCCUCUGCGCCGCGCACAGGAAGCCUGGGCGUCUGCGGGACCCUCCGGCCGCCGUAGCCGGAGUUGCUAUGGAAACCCAACCUCCCGCGCUAUGUCGCUGCCACAGGCCCCUCCGUCGCGGGUAUUCGUGGAACUUGUUCCGUGGGCCGAUCGUGGCCGGGAGAAGGAUGUGGUCUCCAGGGGAGAGACUCUGCCCGGUACCUGUCGGCCCCUCUCCUCGGCACAGGCCCAGAUAGCGCCCCGCGAGGUGCACGUAAACGGUACCGCUAUGGCGUCCGCGCGCCCCGACCGGGCGCAAGUGGUAGUGCGAGUGAGCAGCACCAAGGAGGCGGCUGCCGAGGCCAAGAAGAGCGUGAGCCGGCGCCUGGACUACGUCGCGCAGAGCCUACGGCAGCAGGGUGUGCAGGCAGAAAAUAUAAUUGUAACAAAGGAUUUUAGAAGAGUAGAAAAUGCUUAUCACAUGGAAGCAGAGGUCUGCGUUACAUUUACUGACUUUGGAAAAAUGCAAAACGUUUGUAACUUUCUUGUUGAAAAACUAGAUAGCUCUGUUAGCAUCAGCCCACCCCAGUUCUUUCAUACUGCAGGUUCCGUUGAAAAUGUUCGACGGCAAGCCUGUCUUGUGGCUGUUGAGAAUGCGUGGCGCAAAGCUCAAGAAGUCUGUAACCUUGUUGGCCAAACCCUAGGAAAACCUUUACUCAUCAAAGAAGAAGAAACUAAAGAAUGGGAAGGCCAAAUAGAGGAUCACCAGGCAUCCAAACUCUCAGAUUCCCUAACUGUACAGCAAAAAAUCAGAAGUACAACGAUACAUGCUGCUUCAAAAGUAUUUAUAACUUUUGAAGUAAAGGGGAAAGAAAAGAGAAAAAAGUAUCUCUGAAAUUCCAACCAAAAUAUGUUGUAUUUGUGCCAUUUUAUCUACUUUUAUACUUUAUAUAAUGUUUCCUUCUGUCCUGGAAAAAAAAAAUUAUAUAUGUGUGUGUGUGUGUGUGUGUGUGUGUGUGUGUGUGUUUGUGUUGUAUAGUAGAGAAACCAUCCCUGCAAAAUCUGUUGGCUCUUGAAUAUAGUCCCAUAAAAUUCUUAUGUUCACUUUGUUUCUACUUUCAAAAUCUUACUCUUAGAAAUACUCCUGGGCCAGGCGUGGUGACGAACGCCUGUAAUCCCAGCACUCGGGAGGCUGAGGCAGGAGGAUCGCU